AUGAUAGUUGUGAGUGAAGAAACUCAUCAAGGCGCUGUGAAAAUAAAUGAAAAGAGAAUAGAAAAUGGCCUAAAGCCUUUGGAUACGCACGUGAUAAGUCUAGCUCAAGAUAUGCAUCCCCUGAAAUCUGAAGAAGAAGAGCAGAAAGUCAGCUCCAGCAAUUUGAGGAUGAGGUUGCUAGGCACCCUCCUAAAACCCCCUAAGCCUAAUCCCAACAUUCCCGAUUGGCCGUAUGUUAUAGGAUUAGCGGGUGGUAUUGCCAGUGGAAAAAGUAGUAUUGCUGAGAAAUUAAUAAAAAAAGGCGCUGGUCUGGUGAACUGUGAUAUAAUUGCCCAUGAACUAUAUAAGCCAGGUUUGCCGUUGAAUAAAACAUUGGCGGAGGCCUUUGGAACGCGUAUCCUUAACAGUAGUGGGGAAAUCGACCGCAAGAUACUCGGCCAAAUCGUCUUCAGUAAUAAGGAUCAAUUGGAAAAGUUGAACAGUCUAGUGUGGCCCGCUGUGAUCAAUGAAGCUGAGAGACAAGUCCGUGAGCUGGGAGAUAAGGGUCAUACGGUGGUGGUGAUAGAAGCCGCGGUGAUGGUGCGAGCUAAAUGGUACACCAGGUGUCACCAACUUUGGGCUGUCAUAAUACCGCCCGCCGAGGUUAGUACAAUUACCAGUAAAAAUGAUGAGAUGUAG